AAAUCAACGAGGGUUUGUUUCAGUUGAAGCUUCAGAGUGCAUCAAAUGGAGAGAGCAGGUCUUCACAAGCACUUCCAGAGCUUCAAUGGAAUAAUUUCUUAUUCCAAUUCUACCCUCUACCCAUUAAGAAGACGAAGAAGAACAGAACAGCAGAACUCCAAGUGCUUGUCGGGUGCUGCUUCCUUUCUUCUUCCCAAGCUGCCUACUGCCUCCAGACAUCAGCAACAAAUCAAGGUAUAUGCGAGUAGUAGAAGAAGAAGAAGAGCAAAUGAAAGUAGUGAUACGUAUGUGCUUUUGGAGCCUGGAGAAGAUGAGAAAUUUGUUUCCAAACACGAAUUGGAAGCCAUUUUGAAAGGUUGGCUUCAAAAUUGGCCAGGAGAAGCUCUUCCACCUGAUCUCCAACGCUUUGAAUCCAUCGAGGAAGCUGUUUCUUUCUUGGUUAAGUUCGUUUGUGAACUCGAAAUCGAUGGAGAUAUCGGUUCGAUUCAAUGGUAUCAAGUUUGCCUUGAGUGAUUCUUCGCGACUUGAUUAGUUUUUUUGUGAACUCGAAAGGAUAGUUGAAUUUGAAUCUCCUAUACAUAUAUUGACAUUUAUUUGAUU